AUGGCCAUGCAUGUAUUCUUGCUCAUGCUUUUAUUUCUCCACAUAAAACCCUCUGUCAUUAGAACUGCAGGAGCUCAUGAUGUUAUAUGCAUAGCCAAAGAGAGACAAGCUCUGCUCAAAUUUCAACAAGGCCUUGUUGAUGACAGUGGUCAGCUCAUUUCUUGGGGAACCAGAGAUUGCUGCACUUGGAGAGGAGUUCUUUGUAACAACCUUACUGCUCAUGUUGUCUCCCUUGAUCUUCAUCGACAAGAUUUUUCUUUCGAUUUGCCUCUUACUGGUAAUAUCAGUACCUCAUUGCUUGAAUUGCAGCAUUUGAAUUAUUUGGAUCUUGGUGGAAAUAAUUUUGGAGAUGGUCAAAAUAAGAUACCUGAGUUUAUAGGUUCUUUAGGUGAUCUGCAAUUUCUUGAUCUGGCUGAUAAUAGUUUUAUUGGUGAAAUUCCUCACAGUUUGCGAAUUUAA